AUGGUGCGAGAGGCGGGAGCGAUCGAGGCCGUCGUCAGCGCCAUGACCACGCACGCGGACGACGCGGGGGUACAGCAGGCUGCGUGCUGGGCCCUGCGACAUACCGUCAGUUUCAUCAAAAAGAGCAAGGCGCGGGCGUCGGAGGCGGGAGCGAUCGAGGCCGUCGUCAGCGCCAUGUCCACGCAUGCAGACCACGCGGGGGUACAGCAGGCUGCGUGCGAGGCCCUGGACUACACUAUCAGCUUCAGAGAUGAGAGCCAGGCGCGGGCACGAGAGGCGGGAGCGAUCGAGGCCGUCGUCAGCGCCAUGUCCACGCACGCGGACGACGCGGGGGUACAGCAAGCUGCUUGCUGGGCACUGAAGCAUAUAGUCGAUCACAUCGAAGAGAGCCAGGCGCGGGCACGAGAGGCGGGAGCGAUCGAGGCCGUCGUCAGCGCCAUGUCCACGCAUGCAGACCACGCGGGGGUACAGCAAGCUGCGUGCGAGGCCCUGGACAACACUAUCAGCUUCAGGGAUGAGAGUCAGGCGCGGGCGCGGGAGGCGGGAGCGAUCGAGGCCGUCAUGAGAUGCCUCGAUAGGCACGCGGACGACUUGAAAGUGCAGCAGGCUGCGUGCUGGGCCCUAAAGUACACAAUGCAGUACUUCCGAUACCAGGGCACAGCGAGAGAUGCGAAAGCGAUCGAGGCCGCGGGAGCGAUCGAGGCCGUCGUCGGUGCCAUGUCCACGCACGCAGACAAGAAAUGGCUACAAAAUGAUGGAUGCAAGGCCUUGCGCAGCAUGACGGAGGGCAUGGCAGACAGCCAGGCGCGGGCGCGGGAGGCGGGAGCGAUCGAGGCCGUCGUCAGCGCCAUGUCCACGCACGCAGACGAGAUGUGCUUGCAGUGGUCAGCAUGCGAAGCCCUUGAGAGCAUGACGGAGGGCAUGGCUGACAGCCAGGCGCGGGCGCGGGCGGCAGGAGCGAUCGAGGCCGUCGUCAGCGCCAUGUCCACACAU